GUCUAUUAAACGGGGUUUGGGGAGGAAACAUUCCGGGGCAAUUUUUGCCAGUUUCCAAAGGGGUACCAUCACCGAUUUCGGGCGAUUUUAUGGAAAGUCCAUUUUCCUUGGAUUUUGAAUGCGACGGAUCACAGAUUCGGCCUUAGGGUACUCUCCACCAACGAUGAAGUCUAGCAAUGGCCGAUUUGGUCGGAAAUUUGGUCGAAUUUUUCCGGAGGGCAUUUUCGUAAUUUUUAGGCGCUUUUUUCGAAAGGCCAUUUUCCUUGGGUUUUGAAGGGUGCAGAUCACGGAUUCAGCCUGAGGCUAUUCUUAAGGGAUGAAUAAGUCUAUUAAACGGGGUUUGGGGCGGAAACAUUCCGGGGCAAUUUUUGCCAGUUUCCAAAGGGGGUACCAUCACCGAUUUCGGGCGAUUUUAUGGAAAGUCCAUUUUCCUUGGAUUUUGAAUGCGACGGAUCACAGAUUCGGUCUUAGGGUACUCUCCACCAACGAUGAAGUCUAACAAUGGCCGAUUUGGUCGGAAAUUUGGUCGAAUUUUUCCGGAGGGCAUUUUCGUAAUUUUUAGGCGCUUUUUUCGAAAGGCCAUUUUCCUUGGGUUUCGAAGGGUGCAGAUCACGGAUUCAGCCUGAGGCUAUUCUUAAGGGAUGAAUAAGUCUAUUAAACGGGGUUUGGGGCGGAAACAUUCCGGGGCAAUUUUUGCCAGUUUCCAAAGGGGUACCAUCACCGAUUUCGGGCGAUUUUAUGGAAAGUCCAUUUUCCUUCGAUUUUGAAUGCGACGGAUCACGGAUUCGGCCUUAGGGUACUCUCCACCAACGAUGAAGUCUAGCAAUGGCCGAUUUGGUCGGAAAUUUGGUCGAAUUUUUCCGGAGGGCAUUUUCGUAAUUUUUAGGCGCUUUUUUCGAAAGGCCAUUUUCCUUGGGUUUUGAAGGGUGCAGAUCACGGAUUCAGUCUGAGGCUAUUCUUAAGGGAUGAAUAAGUCUAUUAAACGGGGUUUGGGGCGGAAACAUUCCGGGGCAAUUUUUGUUAGUUUCCAAAGGGGUACCAUUACCGAUUUCGGGCGAUUUUAUGGAAAGUCCAUUUUCCUUGGAUUUUGAAUGCGACGGAUCACAGAUUCGGCCUUAGGGUACUCUCCACCAACGAUGAAGUCUAGCAAUGGCCGAUUUGGUCGGAAAUUUGGUCGAAUUUUUCCGGAGGGCAUUUUCGUAAUUUUUAGGCGCUUUUUUCGAAAGGCCAUUUUCCUUGGGUUUUGAAGGGUGCAGAUCACGGAUUCAGCCUGAGGCUAUUCUUAAGGGAUGAAUAAGUCUAUUAAACGGGGUUUGGGGCGGAAACAUUCCGGGGCAAUUUUUGCCAGUUUCCAAAGGGGUACCAUCACCGAUUUCGGGCGAUUUUAUGGAAAGUCCAUUUUCCUUCGAUUUUGAAUGCGAUGGAUCACAGAUUCGGCCUUAGGGUACUCUCCACCAACGAUGAAGUCUAGCAAUGGCCGAUUUGGUCGGAAAUUUGGUCUAAUUUUUCCGGAUGGCAUUUUCGUAAUUUUUAAGCGCUUUUUUCGAAAGGCCAUUUUCCUUGGGUUUUGAAGGGUGCAGAUCACGGAUUCAGCCUGAGGCUAUUCUUUAGGGAUGAAUAAGUCUAUUAAACAGGGUUUGGGACGGAAACAUUCCGGGGCAAUUUUUGCCAGUUUCCAAAGGGGUACCAUCACUGAUUUAUGGCGAUUUUAUGGAAAGUUAAUUUUCCUUGGAUUUUGAAUGCGAUGGAUCACAGAUUCUGCCUUAGGGUACUCUCCACCAACGAUGAAGUCUAGCAAUGGCCGAUUUGGUCGGAAAUUUGGUCGAAUUUUUCCGGUGGGCAUUUUCGUAUUUUUUAUGCGCUUUUUUCGAAAAGCCAUUUUCCUUGGGUUUUGAAGGGUGCAGAUCACGGAUUCAGCGUGAGGCUAUUCUUUAGGGAUGAAUAAGUCUAUUAAACAGGGUUUGGGGCAGAAACAUUCCGGGGCAAUUUUUGCCAGUUUCCAAAGGGGUACCAUCACUGAUUUUUGGCGAUUUUAUGGAAAGUUAAUUUUCCUUGGAUUUUGAAUGCGAUGGAUCACAGAUUCGGCCUUAGGGUACUCUCCACCAACGAUGAAGUCUCGCAAUGGCCGAUUUGGUCUGAAAUUUGUUCGAAUUUUUCCGGAGGGCAUUUUCGUAAUUUUUAGGUGCUUUUUUCGAAAGGCCAUUUUCCUUGGGUUUUGAAGGGUGCAGAUCACGGAUUCAGUCUGAGGCUAUUCUUUAGGGAUGAAUAAGUCUAUGAAACAGGGUUUGGGGCAGAAAAUUUCCGGGGCAAUUUUUGCCAGUUUCCAAAGGGGUACCAUCACCGAUUUCGAGCGAUUUUAUGGAAAGUCUAUUUUCCUUGGAUUUUGAAAUUUGGCGAACAAGAAAUUCGAGCCCUUCCGAGUCCCGAUCUUGAUGAUCGGCGGUGAAUAGUACGACGAAGAAAAAUGAUAAACCAUUACACUCCAACUCUUCCCUAUAUUGCUUGAGACUUACCACUAUCCCGACCGUUUCAAUUUCCGACAAAGGUAUUGGCGGUUCUUCACCGGAAAUCGAGCAGAAGACAGAGAAAUGGAGAGGAAACUACUGACAGAAGAAAGAAGUUGAAUUGAUUUUGAUUUUGCGAGGUUUUGAAAAGAAUUGGCGCUAAACUCAUAGGGCUUCGCAUUUGGACCGAUUAAGAUUAGCAGAUUUUUUAUUUACUGCUUUUGCCUUUCAGGUAGCGCGCGACGGGAUGGUGACUGGGGUCAUAGGUAAGGUAAAUUCUUUUUUACUCCGCCCUUGACCCUGUCUUGAUCUUGUCUUACCCGCCAUUGAAGGGUCAGGAUGUAUAAUUGACCUGAUUCGCUCUUGUUUUCUUUUUGACUCUAUGUGAUCCUCUAAGAUCGAGGCGGGUCUGAAAGGGUUAGGUUAGUGAUUUUUUAGGGUCAAGUUUACACUUUACACCCUUGGUCAUGGGAUGAAACAUCUCGUAAGCUAAGGCGAUGGCGAUCUUGUUUGCACUAGGUUUGGCGGCUCCUUGUUGGAUAUUGAAUCAAAUUGUCUGUUUCUGAUUCAGAAGAUAAGAAGAGAAAUGGAAUCUAUGUCGGAGGUGGAUGCAAUCUGCUAGGAGAUCAAAACCAAGACGUAGGCCGAAUUGUAGGGGUUGAGUUUUCUUUUACGGGUCCGGCUUUUAACCAACCUGCCCACAUUUUGUAACUGGGAGACGGAGAAGAUUUGGCCCGAUAAUCCCCUUUUUUCUUAGCCCAUCCCCUAUGUAAUGAUGCCCAGACUAUUUUGGUCUUUUUUCUUCUUCUUUUUUUGGUGAGAAACAGAGAGCAGGAGGAGAGGCGUUGACCAUCCGCAUGGGAGUAGGGUAGUAGUGUACGCUGUACUGUUAUUAUGGGCCCGAAAAAGUAGUCUGUUAUUUUUAUUUGUCAAAGAUGGGCUUGCCAGGCCCACAAAAGCAAUGAAACUUGGCCGACAAGAAACUGGUGGUGGCCGGCGUUGAACAGUACGAGUGUAGAAAAUGAUCAACCAUCACCCCACCGCAGGGGAGUAGAUUUUGUCGGCGCCGUCACCGCCGGCGAUAUAGGAAAGAGAGAUUGAAGAUAUGGUGUGGUGGUGGAAUGAGAUUAGUUGUGGUUGUAGGGACAGGAUUCAUGAUAAGAAGAUAGAUAGGAAAGCAUGAAAGGGAAUUCUUUAUUGGGUUUGAUUUAUAUUUUAAUUAGAUGACAGAUAGGAAGAAGAGAGGAAAGCGACGAGAAUGGAUGGGGAAGGAAAGGGGGAUUUGGGAGAUGUUUAUUUUGGAACACAAAGGUAUCUGAAGAAUAAUUUUUUAAUACAAAAGCCCCAGUUGUUAAUUUUUUCACAUUUGAAUUCACAUUAAGUCCAUCUUUCGGCUUUUAGUGGCUUCGUUUGGCUUGUGUGAAUUUUCUACUCUUACAUUUCUUUGCAAAUAAUGUGACCUUAACUGAACGAAACGAGAUCAAUUGAUUAAUAAUUGGCCAAGCAGAAAAAGCUACUAACAAAAGAUUUAAUUAAAUGAUGUGGCUGUAUCCACGUAACUUAAUUUUAUUGGUUGUGAGUAUAUGAGAAUAUUCGGAUCGGGGAUUAUUAAAGGAAAUUCGAUGGUUUGGUUUGUUCAUUAUGUACUUUACCACUAAAAAAUCCCCCCAGCACUAACUUCCCCCGCCGGCGUCUACAUUUCCCCAAUUCCACUCGGAGUGAGCCGGACGAGCAACAUUACGAUGACGAAUUGCGGAGGCUCGCCGUGGGCAGAUCUUCCCGAGGAGAUCAUGGAAGCCAUCGGCAGCCGCAUUGACCACCCAAUCAACGUUCUCAACUUCCGCUCCGUCUGCCGUUCCUGGCGCUCCGCCGUCCGUACCCCUGACUUCCACCAUCCAAUUCCGCCCAUUGAAGUCCGGCUACCUUACCCCGGCGACGUCGACGGCGUCCUCGUUCCCUCCACUAUGUGCUUCGUGGAGUUUCGCCCUCCUCCGAUCCCCAAUGGCGAUUCGACCUUCGCCGUCGCCGGCGGUUGGCCGGUCAAAAUCGAAGAAGCAAGCCACGGCAAGCUACAGCUUGUGGACCCAAUUUCUAACCUCAAGCACCGCUACUCUCCGACUCAAUAUGGCUCGGCCGAGUUUCGCACUGUUCAAAUUAGCUCCUCCUUCUGCCUCACAGAUCGGGAUGGAUUCGCAGCCUUCGAGGUGAAUAAAGUCGUCGUCUUUCCCCACUCUGCAAAUCCCCUGCCUCAACAGCAGAGUGUCACCGUCAUAGCCAUUUUCCACAAAGGCAGAAUAGGGUAUUGGAGAAACGGGGACGAGGAUUGGACACCGUUAGACGACAGGAAUUUCGAUUACGACGACAUAAUCAUCCACCGAGGUCGGUAUCACGUCGUCGACAGAUUUGGGGAACUGUCUGUGAUCGAUUCGUCCCUGAAAUUCGUGGAACCCUGCUCAGCGCCGCAGCUCCUCGACGGCGGCGGCUCCGGCCAGAAGAAUCUGGUGGAGUCCGGGAGAGAUUUGUAUUUGGUGGAUAGAUAUUUGGAUGGGAGGAGGAGGAAUUGGAAGGAUGUGGAGGAUGCCAUUGCCAGCAGCUUUCACCCAAUUCGCCGCUUUGUGGGUACGGGGAGAGGCAGGGGAUGGCACCCUAGAGCGGUGGAUUUCAGGGUGUACAAAUUGGAUGAGGAGAUGGGGGAAUGGGUUGAAGCGAAUUCGUUGGGCGGUGAUGAUACGGUGUUUGUGCUGACGCCGGGGUGUUGUUUCUCGGCUCCCGCCGCACACAUUGCCGGCGGGGAUAGGGAUUGCAUUUACUACUCCGAUGAUGAUGUUGAUGUGUGCAGGGAACCGUUGAGUACCGACAGCAUUCGGGUGUUUCAUAUGGAGGAUCGUAGUAUCAAGAAAAUGAUAUCAUUGCCUCGUGAAUUUCGCGCCGAGUCUUAGGGGUCGUUUGGAAGUUGAGAUUUCAAGUGAGGUAUUUAGCCAAUACAUGUAAUGAUAAGAUUAAGUUGUUUUUUUGGUUCAAUUUGAGUUAGAAUGUAUGUAUUAGCUUUUUCCUUGCCCACCCACAAUCACUCAAAAUGAAUGAUUGUCAAUCUCUACAAAAAGUAGAGAUUGUUAACAAGGGAUUGUCUACCCUACUUUUUACUCAAUCAUUAUCUUUCCAAGCAAGAUAUUUUCCUAAUACUUGCAUUGAAUCAAUACAUCAAAUAAUAAUACAUGAAUUGAUUAAAUGCAUCUAUUUGGAGAAUCUCAACUUCCAAACAUGCCCUUAGUUAGAUAAAGAACGAGCCGGAGCCGCCAUUGUUGUUUGUAGCUUCACCUGGUUUGUUGUGGACCACUGGUAUUGAGUCUGUUCGAUUGCUAUGUUGUCUGAAAUUUGCUACGUAUAGAACUGUCGAAUAACAAUUUCCCGUGGCAUUCAUAUUUCUCCUCCAAUCUUUUACUUUGAUUUGAUCUCUCUGUUCAACUUUUUUAGUGUCGAGGAAACAGAGCCGCUGCUGCAUAUAGAACUUUUUUAAACUAGCUUUUACCCGACCCGUUGGUCAGAUUAACAUCGUUUUAUUUGUAUUAUUUAUGUUGAUUAAUAUUUAUAUGUUAAAUGAUUUGAAAUAUUUAUAUAGUCGUUACAUGAUCUGUAGGUAUUAUUUGUGGAUAGUUAGUUUAUAUGUUUUUUAUUGAUCAACUCAUCUUAGUUGGAACUUGGAAGACAAUAUCCCAUUGUACUGUGGUACGAUGUUUAUCUCUACUUUCACUACAAAAAUUUGCAUAUUCAAUCUUUUCUUUCUUCCCAUUCUCCCUUUUUUAUCUGAUGACAACAUAUCAUCGUGUCUUUCAACCUAUCUUCGAUUGAGCGUUGCCCACCACCGCCUAUCUCAAUCUCCCCACUAUCUUCAUGUAUUUUAUAGCUAGAAAUGGAGGAUUCAAUUUCUUUCAUCAACGGUCGUGGAUACGUUGUCCUCUCCUAUCCUUUGCUAGUAGAGGAGUUUUUAAAAGUAUAUGUGUAUAGGAGAGUCUCAAAGAGGGAUUUCUUUUAUUUUUUAAAUAAUAUGGUAAACUUAAAAUGGUACAUAAAAUAUGAUAAUGUUUACAAAUCACCGUUAUCAAAUAAAUUAGAUGCAUAAUAUAUGCAAAGGUAUAUAUUAGAAAUAAUGUUUACAACGACACAUUUACUAAACUUACAAACUAUAAUCAAAAGCAGACGAUGCAGGAAGUCUAUUGAAAUAUCUCUCGAAGGGGAAAAAGUACUGAGGAUUGACACAAAUACGCUUGCGGCUUGCGGCUAGUUGAGAGAAUAAGAAAUUUGAAUUGGCAAAAAUCUCAUAAAAUUCUAUAAAAAGGUCAGUUGAAAUAGCAGAGACACAUUCUACAAUCUCGGCUUCUGAGACAAAUAAGGAAUAACCAAGCAUAAAUUAUGUAUUUUGAUGCAAGAAACUUCAAAUGUAGAAGAAUGUCAUUGCAACAUAACUGUUGGAGUUGACAACUUCUGCACACUAUGAAGUCCUCUCUACUGGAUCCCAUGAUAACAAACUAUAGUCACAUAAACCACAUCAAUGAACCCAGAAGCUUAUGACAACAAUUUCAUUCACAAAUGCCAUAAUACUUUUACCAUGAAUAGUUGAUCUGGUUUUUUAAAUGAACUGAAGACAAAUCAGUAUAUUGACCCCACGGUACGAUUGUGACUAAAUUAAGAAAACAAAUAAAUUCUGAGUUUCUAGGUUGAUCAUAGUUUGCAUCCACUCUAAAACGACAAUAAAGAUAUACCAAACUUAUUCAAGCUAUAGUUGGUAGCAUCAUGAAUAUUUAAUUUGGUGUCACUUAUAGAACGAAGCUGGAAAACUUAAUAAGAGAAAUUGAAUCUU